AAAAAAGGCAAAAUGAUGGGCUCAGUUACAUUUAGUGUUCAUGUCUUUAUGUCUCUGAAGAUAAACCGGACCGGACCUAUCAGUUUCUGACACAAGGUGAUUAGUUGUUUAAUUAAUUGCAGUUUAUGAUAAAGUAAGUAUAAUUAAUUUUUAUUCCUCUGAAUUCCACACCACACCCCCUGUCGCAAACUCGAACCCCCCCUUCUGCAUCACCAACUUCAAUCUCACCGAGACAAACCCAGUAACCUAUCUUCCAUGGAGGACAACAACGUUUAGAUUUUUCUCUGAUAGGGUACAAUUGAGCAUAGAGGUUGGUGAAACAAUGCGCAGAGAGAUCGCGUUUCUCGCUCAACCGCGAUUCCUCCUUAUCUUCCUUGUUCUCUCAAUUUUCCUCAUUUUCGCAUUCUCUGCUUCUAAACGGGCCGAUGAAGAAUCAGAAGAGGAGCCCGAAAUUACACAUAGAGUUUUCUUGGAUAUUGAUAUCGAUAAACAGCGCUUAGGUAGGAUCGUGAUUGGAUUAUAUGGCCAAGCGGUACCAAAAACUGUGGAAAAUUUUAGAGCUUUGUGCACAGGGGAGAAAGGAGAGAGUGCAAGUGGUGUAAAACUUCAUUACAAAGGAACACCAUUUCAUCGGAUAAUAUCUGGUUUUGUGAUUCAGGGUGGAGAUAUUAUUCAGCAUGACGGCAAAGCAUCCGAAUCUAUUUAUGGUGGCACCUUCCCUGACGAGAAUUUCAGGAUUAAACAUUCUCAUGCUGGUGUUGUCUCUAUGGCAAAUUCAGGACCUGAUUCCAAUGGUUCACAGUUUUUCAUCACCACAGUGAAGGCCAGUUGGUUGGAUGGAGACCAUGUUGUUUUUGGCAAGGUUGUUGAAGGCAUGGAUACCGUGUUUGCAAUUGAAGGAGGGGCUGGAACCUAUAGCGGAAAACCCAGGAAGAAGGUAGUGAUUGCGGACUCUGGAGAGAUACCAAAGGGUAGGUGGGACGAGGAAAGUUGAACUUCCUCGUUUUGGUGACCGACAACUUGCAUGCUUUGGUUAUGGUUUACUCACAUCAAAAACCAAUUUGAGUUGGCCAAACGGAGUUUCAUUUACGCUUAGCAUGUUUGCCAAAACUACGAUUUGGUUGAAUUGUGUUUGAACACGAUUCUGGGUUUCGUAUGGUGAUUUGAUUGGAAAUGAAAAGAAUUUCUUUUCUCAAAUCAUGGUUUACAAAAUAUCCAAACGUGCUACAAACUUGACCCAACAAAAUUGAUAGAUUGUUGCUAGAAGUAUUCACAAGUUGAGUUUCUUUUUGUGAAGUUAGUUCUAUUGUGAAAUUGUAAUCGAUAACUGAUUCUAUUUUCAUAGUUUACUAUACGUGUGUAUUUAUUCUAUAUUACAAUAUUAACUAGGCACUGCAACUUUAAAGUAUA